UGGAGGUCUGCAGGGACCAGUUCUGUCCUCUCUUCAGGCCCAGAGAGAAACAGAGCUUGGUCUCAGCCAGCAGUCAUGGCCCAAGGCUUGGGCUCCAGCUCUGGGCACAGUCUGGUCACACUGGAACUCUUUCAGGAAGCAGUGUCUGGGGCGAUCUGGACAGGCUCGGGCACUAGAAUUUUUCCAGACCUGGCUUUUGGGAUCUGGGCAGCGUACAUGAUCCUGGGCAAAUCCUUCUGUCUUUGUUUCCCAUCUGGAAAUUGAGGGAGGGGAUGUUGAGUCUGGUCUGUUUCCCCUGCAAGCUAUUCCUUCUUGCCAUCUCUAUCUUCCUGGGGCCAAGCCAGCCCCGCAACACCAAAGGCAAAAGGAAGGGGCAAGUGCGGCCUGGCCCCUUGGCCCCUGGGCCUCACCAGGUGCCACUGGACCUGGUGUCUCGAGUGAAGCCCUACGCCCGAAUGGAAGAGUACGAGAGGAACCUUGGAGAGAUGGUGGCCCAGCUGAGGAACAGCUCUGAGCCAGCCAAGAGGAGAUGCGAGGUGAACCUGCAGUUGUGGCUGUCCAACAAGAGAAGCCUGUCUCCUUGGGGAUACAGCAUCAACCACGACCCCAGCCGCAUCCCUGCGGACUUGCCCGAAGCGCGUUGCCUGUGUCUGGGCUGCGUGAAUCCCUUCACCAUGCAGGAGGACCGCAGCAUGGUGAGUGUGCCAGUGUUCAGCCAGGUGCCCGUGCGCCGACGCCUCUGUCCACCACCUCCGCGCCCUGGACCCUGCCGCCAUCGCGUCGUCAUGGAGACCAUCGCUGUGGGUUGCACCUGCAUCUUCUGAGCCAACAACCCAGUGGCCACUGCAACUUCUUCCUCCCUGCACCCUCUGUGUCUGGCAAGGCUGAGAAACAGUAAACGUUGUCCGUUGUAAAGAAA